AUGCAUCUCCCUACGCUCUUCUACACCCUCGCAACUAUCACCAUCACUGCCGCCGUCCCUGUUGCAGCGGGAAACUCAGUGGCCGCUCCUACUCCCACGCAGGCCAUCGCGGCUCCGUCGCAGGCCUCUCCCGUGGCAUCCCCUUUGAUGACACCAGUGGGGGCGUACCAGUGCCCUGAAAAGCAGUUCAAGCGAUGCUGCAUGUCUCUUCAACAGACAUCGCGUAUGCUCAUCGACAACGUUGGAAAACUCGUUCCGGCUCUUGGGGGUAUUUCUGUUAGCUCGAAAGUCUCGUUCGAUUGCAAGGCUAUGGCUGAUGACAUUUCUCCGAACGCGUGUGACGCGGAGGGAUAUGCCCCGAUGUGCUGCAAUUCUGAUAAUGGGGACUCCGGAAUCAACGCCUGCAAGCCCUUCGAGGAAGUCAAGGAGAAGUACUACAAGUCCUUCGGAUACAACAAUGGCGAUGAGACCCAGGCAGAGUAUAUCGAGGAUGCGCUCUCAUAA